UUUAAAUUCAAAUCUAUUUUUAUUCAGCGGAAAAAUUCUAGCAUCCCCGAGGAAUUCACUAAAAUGGCCGCCUCAUCAAACGGAAAAAAUGUUCAAGCAAGUAAGCCAAAUGGUGUUACUACUAUUAGUUAUUUGAACAAACUAUGUAGAAACCUACCAAACCACAAAUAAAAAUUGCAAGUAUUUAAGUUUGGAAUAUUAACUGCACCAUGAACAUUUUGAAGAGAAGCCGUGUGCUGAAUCGAAAUUGUCUGCGCGAAAAGAUUCAGAGCCUUUCGCCCCUUCUGCGGACCCUGGAUAUUGGACCUCCGAGCAAGGACUCUGUUUUUAGGGCCUCUUGGAGCUACUAUGCCAGCGACUGUCAGGAGCGACUGUCGAACAUUCGCAGGCGCAUCGCACAGAACGCUAGGAUAGUGGCUCCCAAAAAAGGACCCCUUUCUGUGCUACCCUUUAAUGAGAGCCUGUUGCCGCCAGGAGUAGAUUUGGAUGAGCACAUCUAUCAGGAAUUGGUGUCCUGUUUUCGAAAUGCGGAAAGCACUGAUUCAGUGAAGAAAACCUCGAUUAAAGCAUCGAAAGUGCAAGGGUUUUUCGAUAUGCGCAAGUUCUCCACUCCGGAACAAUGGUCUUCCUGGAAGCAGGAGGAACAGCAAGUGCAUCAGUUGCUAGAAAAAUCCUACGAUCCGUACUUGAAAGAAGAAAUGACCAAGAAGCUGGAACAUUUACAAAAACUCACCAAGCGACGGCCUUUGGUAGUGCUUCCAAAUCAGGAGAAAAACCUGGAAAGACAAAAGAAGUCACAGCCCAAGAAAAGAAAAUUUAGGGCAAAGUCUAGGAAUAAAUCAAAGUCAGAGGUACACCAGACCCUGAAAAGUAACACAAAAAUGGCUGAUAAAUAUAAAACCCCCAAGAAUUCAAGCCAUUUAUCAGAAAUCCCUUUAAAGUCGGCAACAGAAAAUAAAUACUCUAAAAACUCAAGUAAAAUCCCAAACCAUCUGGCAGACAGACAUAAACCCUCGUCAGCUAAUUUGAAAAAUAAGAGUAUCACAAAAAUAGAAGAUAAUAAUAAAACCGCUUCGAUGUCAAGUGAUACCCCAAAGAAUAUAGCAAUUAUACAUUCAAGGAAAAGCCUUUCGCAAUCGGCAAGUAAAAGUAAAUCCAGUAUUAGUGUGAGAAAAACGGCUGCGAACUUCUCGGAUAAACUGAAGCCUACCUUAGCUGAUUUAACCAUGAGCAGAUUUUUCGCCGAACAUCCGAGUCUAGAAAGUAUCUCCAGCUCAAGGCGUACUACUUAUACCAAACUUCCAAGGCCUAAACCUACAGAAAGGGUCAGUGAAAGUAGCCAAGAAGAAGAUGGAAUAUACGGCAUUGAUGAAGAAAAGGAGUCCCAACGCUUAGACACCAAAGACACCCAAUUGAUAACUCGCGAAAUUUUCCAAAAAGAUCGAAAUUCACAAAUAUCUACAAAAACGAAACAGAGGAAAAUUAAAAUUCCUAAAUAUCAACAGCUAAAGGAGAAGAAAUUGACAAAAGAUGAGGAAAUUUCAGAAGAUAUACCCCCCUUAAGUCAGAUUUCACAGAACGAAAGUGAAAUAAAAUCGAAGAGUAAGGAAAUGACAAAAGCUAAACAGUCAAAAUCCGAGGGGAAACUGCAAAUAGAGGAACUCAAAUUAUCAAAGAUCACAAAAGACGAGCAAACUUAUGAAGAGCGGAGGCAGAGUUUCGUUUCCAAAGGAAAGUCCCACUCUUUGAUCAAUAUUCCCUAUGCUAGCCAUCAGUACAUUCACGAAAUCCUGAAAGGUCUGACUAAAAGUGAUCCCUCGCUCUUUGGGGCCUUCAAGGGUAAACAUGGCAGUCCAAUCUUUUCACCUUACAAGGGACAAUCCUACAAUGAUACUACAAGCGGAGAUCAGAGAAGGGAGAAGAGCGUGACAAGUGGCGGUUGGUCUAUAAGUUUAAAGCCAAGUUUACCUCCUGUCAACCCAAUGGCUCAUCGAAAGCCUUAUAUUUUAAAAAAGAAAGCACUCCGGGAAAUGGCCCAAAAAGAUUAUACAAUUGAACCGGAGGAUAGCACUGAAAUUCGGAGUGUUCGAGGAACCCUAUCUGAUCUACCCUUUAAAAAGACACCAGAAAGUCUCUUUCGUUCCAAAAAUGACUCCGAAGAUGACGUACACUUGAAUAUAGAAGCGAAACCUAUAGUUAUUGCCGAUAUGAUAUCUCAGUUUUUGGACUCUUAUGGCUCCGAAAUAAGUUUUAUUCAAUCGUAUCCUGAUUUAUUUAGGUCCAAUGUGCUGGAACAGAUUUCACUGAUGAGUGUCAUAGAAAAGAUAAAGCCCAAGAAAAAAAAGAAACGUGUGGAAAAGAAAGUACUAGAAGUGAAGAAGAUGCCAUCGAAGCACUUUGUCUGUUCCUUGUGCAACUUGGUUAGGAGGAGGCAAUCCGAACUUCGACCUUAUAUGCAGAGGAUGCAGAAGCAACGAGAAAGAUUGGAACAAAAGACCUACUAUGCCCAGAAGUUAUCGAGGUGUCGAAGGGAUCCACAACAGUGUGCCCUGGAAAAUCAGAAGAGAGCCCAUAUCCGCAGGGUUCUCUCUAAAUGCUAUAAGGCACUGGAUCUUUGCCACCAAAUCGUGGAGCAAAAGAUAUUACAAAAAUCUGAAGGAUGUUACCAGAGAUGAAGAAUGUAUAUAUAAAUACAUAUUGUAGAAAGUGAUGAGAUAGAAUCCAACUAAAUAAAUGCCUGUCUGUGAGUUAAUCUCUUCACUGGAACGCUUUAAGCGAGUAAAUAGUCGGUGCAGCCCUCUUAAAUAAUUUUAUUCAUUAAUUACCCCGAGUGGGGGAGUGGUAAAUCACUCGAGUUGCCGGCGCCGCGAAGUAUGCAGCGCUGGAAUGCAAACACAGGUGAGAGGACAGGUGUCAAGGUGCUAAAAUGCGUCGGAGCAGCUGCGGCUGAGGCCCCGUGGCUGGGAAGCAAACAAUCCUGACGGAGGAUGUGCAGGAAACUGGAAUGGAAAACUCGCAGCGGAAAUUGAAAAAAUGCUGAAAUGGCGAAGGAAAAUGUGCGAUGGUUUAUGUCUGCUGCUCCGGCGGCGGCCUCAUAAUUGCCUCUAAGUGGCUUAACUUAUUAAAACCAAUUAAGCAAGUCGCCUGCCGAAGGAAACUCUCUUAAUUGCAGCCGAAUUGCGAUUUAAAAAAGUGAAGGAAAUUGCAUACAAAUAUAAUUGGAAAAUUGUCUAAUUGCCUCAGCAGCCGAGGCCAGUUAACAAGCUGUUCCAUCAGCUAAUUAAACUUUCUAGAUUAAAGGCCAAGCUCCAGUCGAUGUAGUUUCUUUGGCAGUUCAAAAGUUGAGAGGUUUACACAAGGACUAAAACGCUUCCAACUUUAUGGCGAAAUCUUCCUAAGACGGAUGGUAAUUCACGCUUCGCGGAGUGCAAAGGAGAAGUUUUGAAGUUGGCUAGAGGGAUAGCACAGGAUUCUAUGUUUAUGUAGACAGGAUAACAGCUCCCAAAAAUUUGUCUAUGUAACCAGUUUCUAAAGGAUUUAAAUUUCAUCUAGGCACUCCCUUGACUUCCUUGAAAUGUAUCUUUGAAGUGUAACUUUAAAUUUUGUUUAAGUUUUAAAAGUGUUAUUUUUUAUUUACACUAUAUAA